AUGAGAAACCCCACAGAUUGCGAGGAAGAGGAAACAGUCGCCUUAAUGCAGCAACGCGAAGAUCUUCACAAUGGUUUUCGGGAAACAUCAUCGCUAUCGAGAAAGACUACUACGGGACCAAGUUCACUAUCGAAAACGCUACCACGUAGUUGUAAUAGAGUCUCUGAGAUUGACAAGAAAAUUGAAGCAAUCGCAGAUAGUUGUGAGCCGACGUUGUGCUCACCCAGAACUGACCGUUUUAGGGGUGCUUCGAGUUCCUCAGCUUCAGCGACAGCAGCUUCAUUGAGUGAUCUCCCACCGGAACUGCGGUGGCCUGUGGUUGGUGAACAACCGGCCGUCUUGGAGUUGUAUAAGGACCUGACGUGGAUGCGAUCAGAUUCGCCAUCGAAACCAGCUGUUGUUGUUGUUGCCACACCUCCGCCAUCAUCGUGCGUGGGCGAUCGUCGGUGUUCAACGGGCGUGGUUGUUAGAGGUGCUGACGGUGAUCGUGGAAGUCCGGCGAUGAUGAUGCUGAGCGAUGCUGAUGAGAGGGAUGAAGAUUCGGGUAGGAAGCCUUACAGUGUGUGCCAAUUUGAUAUGCAAAUGUGUGGUGUUAUUUGCCGAGAUUAA